AUGAGAGAAGCACUCGCAAAUUUCAACGAUCCAACCGGUGCCAUUACAUUGAGAACUCGCAAAUUCACCGCAAACCCAUUGCUGCAAAGACGUCAAUUCGUCUUGGACGUUCUCCACCCAACACGUCCAAACGUCUCAAAGGCUGAGCUCCGCGAGAACCUUGCAAAGAUGUACAAGGCUGAGCUCGAUUCCGUCACCGUCUUUGGUUUCCGUACUCACUUUGGUGGUGGUAAAUCAACCGGUUUCGGUUUAGUCUACGACUCUCCUGCCGCUGCUAAGUCGUUCGAGCCUAAGUACAGAUUGGUAAGAUUCGGUCUCGCUGAGAAGGUACAAAAGCCAUCUAGAAAGCUCAGAAAGGAGAGAAAGAACAAGAGCAAGAAGGUUCGCGGUACCGCCAAGAACAAGGCAGCUACCUCUGACAAGAAGAAGUAA